UUCUUUAUUCGCAAGGAUCCUGAAAAUGGAGAUUGGUAUCUCAGGGUUGGUUCCAAUAACGUUUUGGGAGUUUGGCCAAAGAAGAUUUUCACUUCAUUAGCAAACUUUGCUAACUACGCAGAAUGGGGAGGAGAAGUUUAUAGUCCUCCAGGAACCACCCCUCCUCCAAUGGGUUCCGGCUACUUGCCUGUUGGGAGUGCAAAACAAGAUGGUUAUGCUAAAUUAAUUUCGACAGUAAAUGAAAAUAACCUAAUCAAUUACGAUCCUUCAGGGUGUGACACCUAUGCAGAUAGUGAUCGAUACAAGGUGAUUGAUGAAGGAAAUGUUGGAGCUUAUUUCCAACGCCUUGUUUUCUUCGGGGGCAAUAGCUUUUAGAUCCUAGACAUCAUAUCUUAUGCUUACUGAUACAAAAUAGUUUUGGGAAUGGAAGAGAAAUCAUAAUAAUUAAUAAGAAUU